AGAGGUCCAAUGAACAGCCAUCAAUUAGAAGCAACCACGGAAGACGUUACUGAAGCUGACCACGAACUCGCAUCGCCACCUAAGAUUUCAAAUGAGACGCAUGAGGCAGGUCACGGAAGCACUCCUCCCCUCUUCGAUCAGCCUACCUUGUUGAGACCUCAGCCUUCUUCGAUAAGCGUGUUGGUCCCGGUGUGGCUCAGAAACCUUUUCCACAAGGCCCUUGAAAAUGACCUUGAGUCCGCAGUUUCUCUUGUCGAGAGUCAUGAGCCAAAGAUGGAUGCCGUUACGGCUAGUCUAACGGUGUCUGACGCAGCAUUAAACUCGUAUAAAGCAAUCAAGCGUCGCUAUGUUGACUACCGAGAUGCCGAAAAGCAGACAUUACACGCGCAGCGUCUUAGCGAGCAGCUUCGACUGAUUCAAACACGCCUAGAUGCACUUUCGCCAGCCAUAAAGGAGCAGAUCAAGCCAUCUCAAGCUGCUCUCAAGGACUCCUGUGCCGUAUAUCCAAGCAAAUUACAGCCGAAGGAUAGAAAAGGUCGCUUGAAAUGGGUCCUCCGAGGAAAAAGAAAAUUCGAGAGAGUGUUUAACCAAAGUCUUCAAAGUGAGAGCCUUCUGAACACAAGUCUGCUAUCAUCAUUGAUUCAUGAAAUGUAA